ACUUAUCUCUGAAUUCUGCGAUAAAUUUGACAUUGAAAAGAUUUGAAAUAAUGCUCUCUGAUCUUUGUUUCAAAGAAAGUGGUUCCUGAGGAUAUAAAGAACUUAUUAUAUCAUGGCUUUAAGAUGAAAGGGCUUAAGGAAAGGAGUGAGAAUUACUAUGUUGCUGAAUUAAAGGGAACCUCAAAAUAUUUCUGAAAAUCAAGGACUUUGAAGAGCACAGAUGAUGAGAGCUACUAAAAAACUUGUAUCUAUAAACUAGUUGGAAAAAAUAUUCCUCUGGAUUGUACAAGAAGGGAGAAACAGGAACCACUGGUAUAUGAGUGUCCUAAAGCUGCAAAUUAAAACGGAGAGAAAACAGUGCCAACUGGGAGCAGGGCAAGGAUGCCAAUUCCUCCUCCCCCUCCACCCCCACCCGGUCCUCCUCCACCUCCCACUUUUAAUCAGGCAAACACAGAGCCGCCCAAGCUGAGUAGAGAUGAGCAGCGAGGUCGAGGUGCCCUCUUACAGGAUAUCUGCAAAGGGACCAAGCUGAAGAAGGUGACCAACAUUAAUGAUCGGAGUGCUCCCAUCCUUGAGAAGCCCAAAGGAAGCAGUGGUGGUUAUGGUUCUGGAGCAGCUGCCCUGCAGCCCAAGGGAGGUCUCUUCCAAGGAGGAGUGCCGAAGCUCAGACCUGUGGGGGCCAAGGAUACUUCAGAGAACCUAGCUGGGAAGCCAGCCCUCCAAAUCCCCAGUUCUCGAGCUGCUGCCCCGAAACCUCCAGUGUCUACAGCCAGUGGCCGCCCUCAAGAUGAUACAGACAGCAGCCGAGCCUCACUCCCAGAACUGCCUAGGAUGCAGAGACCAUCUUUACCGGACCUCUCCCGACCUAAUACCACCAGCAGUACGGGCAUGAAGCACAGCUCCUCUGCCCCUCCUCCACCACCCCCAGGGCGGCGUGCCAACCCACCCCCUACACCUCUGCCUGUGCACAGUAACAAAGCCCCAGCCUACAACAGAGAGAAGCCCUUGCCACCAACACCUGGACAGAGACUUCAUCUGAGUCGAGAAGGACCUCCUGCUCCACCCUCAGUCAAACCACCCCCUUCCCCUGUGAAUAUCAGAACAGGACCAAGUGGCCAGUCUCUGGCUCCUCCUCCUCCGCCUUACCGCCAGCCUCCUGGGGUCCCCAAUGGACCCUCCAGUCCCACUACUGAGUCAGCCCCUGAGCUGCCACAGAGACAUAAUUCUUUGCAUAGGAAGACACCAGGGCCUGUUAGAGGCCUGGCACCUCCUCCACCCUCCUCAGCCUCCCCCUCUUUACAGAGUAAUAGGCCACCUCCCCCAGCCCGAGACCCUCCUAGUCGUGGACCAGCUCCUCCACCGCCACCACCCACGAUCCGAAAUGGUGCCAGGGAUGCUCCCCCUCCGCCACCACCAUACCGAAUGCAUGGGUCAGAACCCCUGAGCCGAGGAAAGCCCCCACCUCCGCCCUCAAGGACACCAGCUGGACCACCCCCUCCUCCUCCACCUCCCCUGAGGAAUGGCCACAGAGAUUCUAUUACCACUGUCCGGUCCUUCUUGGAUGAUUUUGAGUCAAAGUAUUCCUUCCAUCCAGUAGAAGAUUUUCCUGCUCCAGAAGAAUAUAAACACUUUCAGAGGAUAUAUCCCAGCAAAACAAACCGAGUUGCCCGUGGAGCCCCACCUCUGCCACCUAUUCUCAGGUGAAGCCUGACUUGUUCCUGUUCCUCAGGAAAAGGAUGGAUCUUCUCCUCUUCUCAGAUGGUCCCUUCCAUCCCCCUAAAGCCUGCAUGAGCGCUCCUAAGGUGUUUCUCCAGUGCAACCAGCCCCUAGAUUCCAAGCAUCCUCCCAGCUCACCUCCACCUAUGCAUCUUGUCUCUGGACUUGGUGAUUGGACUCUUUAUAUUGGCAGUAGGGUUUCAAGCCCUGCAACCAUCCCUCCUCUAGCAAGCCCUGCUAGCCAGAUGAGGAAAAAGCUUCCAUGUCUCCUGCUUUCCUCUUGGAGAAAGGUGCCUUGUUGUGAUGAGUUAACUCAUUUGGGGGGCAGGGUAGAGAAUGGUACUUCUACCUCCUCCUACCACUGUGGGAGGAAUCUUGCCAGGUAUAUUAUAUUUCAUCAUGUAUGAGGUUGGCAUGACCAUGACUUCUGGGGAAUGGGCAUUUUCAGUGAAACAACAUAGGAGUUUGCAGAAAAGUGAUCUGUUUUAAAGGUCUAAAUGUUUGGAGGAAGGGCAAGGAAAUGGGUCUGCAUUAUUUUUAGGGGUAUUUUUGGUUUUGUCUCUCCUCCUCAGCUUCCCCCAACCUCCAGGGAUAGGUUGGAUAUAAAUACUAAAUACUAACCAAUUGAACUAAAAAUCUAAUAUAAAGAGAGGGUGAAAUAAACUGGGGAUCCUUGUAGAGCUAGUCAGUUCUUCUAUAGCAAAGGGACCAAGAGUCAUUUGAAUCCUCAGGAUGCUGAGGCUGAGAGAUGUUUUUCUUCCUCCAAUCUACCAUCCCCUCAAGAGAAGAGUUGCUUUUUGUGGGGGGCAUCAUUCAUUCCUGAUUCACAAACCCAAAAAUCCUCCAGUGGGAGAUAGGAAGAUAGGGCCCAGGCCUUGGCCUUGACCUUGACCUUGAGUCCAUCUCAAUUUUUUUUGACCGGCACUGAAGCUCAGUGGCCCUUUCAAUCCUGUCCAGAAAUUUCAGCCCCUAGUAGAUGUUCCAACAUGUCAAAGAAGUCUUUGUUGGGCUCCAGAAGACUUUAACUAAGGCCUGCUUGUUCCAAACUUGACAGCCCAUCUGACCAAGCAGGCUCUUCUUCCUUUCUUCACCAACACCUUCCCAAGAUUGCAGGGGUUAGUACAGCAGAGUAGAGAAGGGUAGGGCAAUGAGUUGAAGCUUAUGGGGGUAAAGAUCCUUCCAUGCCAAGAAGCACAGAUACUUUGGUGAGAUGUGCCUCAGUCCAAUAGAACGUUCUUGGCAGCCAGUAAUACCUUAUUUCUUUAUCUUGCAGGAUCUAGUUAAAGAACACAGAGAAAAUGGAGGUUCUGUGAUACUCCUAGUUAUUGAGGUAGGAAAUGAGCUUGAGUGAUAGGACAGGGACUUCCUCUUCUCCAGCAGCAGGAUGGAGCUCCUGGGCUCCACACACCAGGUGGUUUGGUUUGCUACAGCCAUUGCCAUGUGUAGAGUCUGCUCAAAGCUUGGCAUGAGAGCAGGGAGGGCCAUGGCUAUUCCUUGAAAUGGAUGGGGAAAUUAGUUAAAAUUUCUCAUCAGCCACAUCACAGGCUUAAACUACCUUAGGGGCCUUUCUAAUCCAUUGGAUCACAGACUAAGUAUCUGUGCAUAGUGUCAGGUGAAACCCCAAGUCCCAAUGCUGAGUGAGGGAGGGCUCAAAUUAGGUUAUUUCUGUUGGGUCUGCUGUCCUCUGCCAUCUUUUGGACCACAUGGCUCUUGGAACAAACCAUGAUUAGGUCAGUUACCAAAUUUUUUCUUAAUCAUUCUUAUUUAUCAUUCUUAUUUUCAAAUCUGUUAGCAGUUAUCUCCCAGAAGUAUCUGUGGCAUCCUGAAGUGAAUAGAAUGAAGAAAGAGGACAUUAGUGGAGGGGAAAGGAGAGAGUACAAGAGUUGAUAUUGCAGCAGGGUUCCAGGGUAGAUGCUGACAAGUUACUGAACUUUGACUGUGAAGUCUUCCCAUUUAUUUUUGAAAUGGGAAUUGAUGAUGCCUUUUGUACAAUGUUAUCAAAAUGUGUCUUUUUUUUCCUUUACUCAAACAUACAGCAUAAAAGUAUAAAUAUCAACAAGUAAAAGCCAAACUCCAGCUUUUCAUUGGGGCUGAUGUCUUCUUCCCCUAUGAUCUGCUUCCCCUUAUAUUCCCCAGCAUUUGGACUGUGUCACAUGGGUAUUGAUUGCAUUUCAUUGUCAUGGCCUCGUUAAAACAAAAAAAAGGCCUGGGCCUAGAUCUAGUCAGAUGGGUUUUCUUCUUCAAAGCAUGUUGGUGACAAUAUCUAUUUAAAUGUCUUUGCCUUAUACACUAUUUGGUCCCGCUGUUAACAGAUUUGUUAUCAUGUAUAUUUACUAUUGAAGAAUGGGAAUGUGAUCUUCAUUCUUACUGAUCUAUUUUGUAUGUUGUAAAAAGUUUGUAAUAUAAGUUUAAGGUGGGCUAGCUGCAAGAGCACUAAAACGUCUCACCUUUUAAACGCCUCUUUUUAUCAGCUUGUGGGAAUGUUGACUCUUCAGUGGAAGAUUGGGUGGUCUCAUGUUGAGGCUGUUGCCCAGUCCCAUUAACCUUGUCCCCUCCCAGAAGGAGGAGACAUUACCAAACUAAGUAUCAGGAAGCUGUGUUAAAGCCCCUGUAUGGGUUUGGUUUUGUGAUGUUUUUCCCUAGUGGGAAAAACUUAAUAGUUAAUUCUUAUUGCUCUGUCUGAGAAGGGAGAGGACAGUGGCCUCCAGGUUUUUAAAUGAGCUUGAUCCACCUCUUCCCCUUCUUCCCUCAUCAUUGAACCUGGACCAAAGCACUUUGAUAUUCCAGGUGUGGUUUUCUGUAUUAUGGGGAUUUGCUCCAGCUGCAAAGCCCCAUCAUUUCUGCAGCCUGGGCCCGAAGAGUGAGAUGCGUAGGGCUACCCCUGCUGAGGGGUGCCAGGCUGCUAAUCUCCAGGAAUUCAUCCCAGCCCUCCCAGUUGGCAAAGGCAUGGGGACUAGUUGCUGGCCGUUGGCACCGGGGAAACCCCUCACCCCAUGGCCUUCCAACUUGAAACCCAGAUUUACCUCCAGGAAGAGGUGAGAAAAAGGUUGUAAAUAGACUUGCUACAGAACAACUCAGGGUUGGGGUGUAUUUUAAUUCUCCUGAUCACUUGAAAUAAUCUGUAGUCUGAGUGCAUAAGUAAGUAGGGGAGAAGUAUGACUCCAGGGUCCUUCCCUUCUGUGAAGUUCUUGGGGGUGUGUGGGGGGGGUGGAGUGUAGGGUACCUGAGGCCCUUUAGUGGUACUACACUGAGCUGUCUGUCCUUCUGGAAACCCAACCUACAAUCAACUGCAAAUCAAAUUUUUCACAUUCCAGUCAUUGUCUUUCUUUCCCUCUUGACUCUCAGUCCCUGGCUGUGUGGUGAAGGUGGCUUUCUGCCAGCCACCUUUUAGGAAUGGGAGGGGAGAGAGGUGGGUUGAUACAACUCUGCCUUCAAAACACAUCUCUUAAAAUCUAGCAAAACUUUAACCACCUUCAAAAAUGUACAAAAGAAUAACUGUCUAACCGAAGGAAGAGUUUGGUUCCAUUCAACUCCACGUUCAUUGUGCCUUUACUUGUGUUAGAUUUCUGUGCUUUUUUCCUCUUUUCCUCUUUGACACAAUUAAAAUCAUCCUUGAUAACUGCUAUUUUCUUUUUUCUCUUCCUGUUUCUUACAACUUAGUGGGUUCCUCUCUAAUUGUCUUAAAUCUCAUUCCACUAGUGGCAGAGGGGCCUAGCCAUCUUUUCUCACUUCUAACCUCUGUCCUUCCCCGGGGUAACCAGCAUGGAAGUCACAGUCAACACUGAAUAAAAGACUACAUACAAUGACACGUGUGAAGAGAGUGUGUAUGUGUGUGUGUGUCAGUCCGUCCAUCUGUUCGUGUCUGUUUGCUUGUGAACUGAUUUCUUUUUAAAAAAUAAUUUAUUGUAUGAUUUAUUUUGGACUUAUAUUCUGAUUAAGGUGCUCCCUCUCCCAAAUAGCAUUCAUUUUACCCCCUUCCCUCUAUGAUGUAUAAUCUGGUCUCAGGUUGGAGUCUUUGGUAUAUUUUCUUUCUUCUGGAUGCUGUGCAGUUUAAUUAAACUUCAUUUUAAAAAAACAACAACAACACUGAAAACUGUGUACUCUUGUCUGGAAUAUUGCCACAAAUUGUGGUGUAGAGUGGGGAGAAAAUCCAUUGCCUCAUAUUCCAGGUUAGUGUCGUGGUUUAACUCCAGGCCCCUUGAGAAAGAAGAUGUACUGACUUGAGCCGAUGCAUCUGCAGCUUUCCGGGGUUUUCUCUCUUCCUUUCCUACUAUAUUUUGAAAAUCACAAUUCUAGUUAGCCAUGCUGACCAGGUGAUUCUGAUAGAGUUGGACAUUAUUUUAGAUUUGCCACUUAACACCCUUUUGCCCAUAAUUUCAGAGAACGCUGGAGGCCCUCUGACCUGUAUACUCUCCUGGUAUCCCUUAUGAUUCUUUCUACCUGGGUUGCAUGGCAGGUUCUCAAAUUGAGGAGUGGAAGAAAAGGUAAGGGCUGAGCAUAGAUUGUGUCUAUGUUCCUGUGGGGGUAGGCUGAUUUUCUUCACUGCUUUUUCAGUUGAAAUCUUAGCUGGCUGUCUUGAACUUUGACUUUAAGUGUAAAAAUUCAACCAGACAUUGUCUGCUUACUAUCGUCAGCUGACACUAAGGCUUAAUGAGCUCAAUUUGCACUUUCAUCACUAGCAAAGGUCUUAAAAUUAUUUCCCAUACUGAUUCAUAAUGGGUGUGUGUAUGAAUCACUCUCACAUAAUUUAGAUAUAAAAACCUAUGAGAAGGAGGGAGGAAGGGGAAGAAGGACCUCCUCUAAGUUUCAUCCAUACUUACCAGAUUGGCUGAAUUCCUAAUUAUUUGAUUCAUCAUUGUUAUGACUAUGAAUAAUAAACUACCUAUUUAUUGAUUUAAUUGUUCCU